AUGAAACGAAGGGGUCGAGUAUUGAUGGAACCGGAGGAAUUAAAAGGCAAGUUAAGAAUGCUAUUUGAUCAGCGAGACCACUGGAGCUUACACGGCUUGGCGCUGAGCAUAGGGCAACCGGAGCAACACGUGAGCUGGACUCUCAGAAAGAUGGCCAUAAAGGAAAAAGAGGCGCCCAACAAGGGCAUGUAUACUUUGAGGCCCAGAUACAAAUGGGAACAAAAGAAGCGCCGGGAACGGUUGGCAGCACGGGCUAACCCGAUCAACCAGCCCAGCGACUUUGAGCGCAGUGACGAGGAAAUGAUGGAUUAG